AUGGUUCUGGUUUCAAAGGUUUAACGAUUCAAUUCAUCAGCAGUUGAAUGUUUUUAAUCGUUUCCAGGGAGAUUUCAUUUGGAUUGAACCCGGAAAGUCCGAAGGUUCAAUUCCACUAGGAGCGAGAGUUAUCGACCAGGACCAUGGUCGUCUCAAAGUAAUUGAUGAUCUGGGAAAUGUGAGUUCAAACGCAAUUUUUUUUAUUUCCUUUUCAAAAUCUCCUCCUAGCCUGAGAGUUUAACUUUUGACGGUCAAAGCGGAAUCUUAGUACGACUCCAAGAAAAAUCUUCUCAAGGGCAAGAUUUUGUCGCAACCCCAAGAGACAAUCAGUGAUACAAGACUUGCGGACUUAAUCGAUCGCGUACUUGACCUCAUUGUUCGUCCUACAACCGCCCAAAUACCUUCUUUUAUAGAUGUUUCCAAGCUGGUUAUCACCAAAUUUUAAACGGGCAAUCAGGAAAAAUGCUUUGCCCUUUAGAGUUGGAAAUUCCGGAAAAAAAGAAAGGAAUUGACACUGAAUCAAUAUUCCUAAUGGACAGCCUCACUAUAUUAAUAAGGCUUACGGAGGGUCAAAAGGAAAUUGUAAGAUCGAUCUCAAAAAAUUCCGUUUAUUGGUACAUCAAAUUUCGAAUUUUAGAUCAAAAAUUAGACGUAUUUCAACAAAACAGAAACAUCUCAGUAAUAAAUUUCACUUUUUGCAACUUUAUGAUGAUCAAGAAGUUAACUUUUUUAGGAACAAUGGCUAGGAACAGAUCGAAGAGUCCGCCUGAUGCAUCCGACAUCGGUCCAAGGCGUGGAAGACAUGUGUCAGCUCGGAGAUUUCCAUGAAAGCGCGAUCCUUCGGAAUUUGUUCAUUCGAUACAGAGAGAAGCUCAUUUAUGUAGCUAAUCCAGUGUUUGAUCCAUUUACAUUUUCUGUUCAGGCAUACACUGGCUCGAUAUUAAUCGCUGUGAAUCCUUACAUGGACAUUGCUAUCUACACCGCAGAAGAAAUCAGAAUGUACAAGAAAAAACGGAUCGGCGAGCUCCCGCCUCAUAUUUUUGCUAUCGCAGAUAAUGCUUAUUGGAACAUGCGUCGGGCUCGCAGAAAUCAGAGCAUUAUUAUCAGGUUUUGAUUCUCCCCUGAAACACAAAAAAUUGAAUUUUUAGUGGAGAGUCCGGUGCGGGAAAAACUGAAUCCACCAAACUGGUGCUCCAGUUUCUGGCAACAAUCAGCGGUCAGCACAGUUGGAUUGAACAGCAAGUUCUCGAAGCGAAUCCAGUACUCGAAGGUGACCUAAAACAAAUUUUUGUCAAAAUAUGAAUCAAUUUCCAGCGUUUGGUAAUGCCAAGACCAUCCGAAACGACAAUUCUUCUCGUUUUGGAAAAUAUAUUGAUGUCCAUUUCAAUGAAAGUGGUUCAAUUGAAGGUCUGUCUCUUUUAAUUUUUUCUGAUUAAUUCGUUUCUCCAGGUGCUAGAAUAGAGCAGUACCUUCUGGAAAAAUCACGAAUCGUGGUGCAGUCGGAAAAUGAAAGGAACUAUCAUAUUUUCUACUGCUUGUUGGCUGGUUUAAACAAAGAGGAGAAGCGGGAGCUCGAACUGGGGAACGCUGCAGACUAUUACUAUCUGGUUCAGGUAUCUAUUUUUUAUGGACUUGCUAGUUGCAUCUUCUUUUGUUGGAAAACAUCAAAUCGACGUCUUGAGUUUUUCAAAGUCUUAACGAUUGGUACAGUUCGCGUAAUAAAGAAACUGGACAAGACCUCAUAGAAGUUUUGGUUAUUUUUGAUUAUUUUUAACAGUUAUUGAGAGCUCUUUUUAAUGCGUCAAGUGUUUGAAAAUCUAAGAAAGGUUUUAAAAUGAUGAAGCUCAUGAAAAUUUUCAGGGAAAAAGCCUAACUUGCGAAGGUCGAGAUGAUGCGAGCGACCUUGCGGAGAUACGUUCAGCCAUGCGUGUCCUGAUGAUCAAUGCCCAGGAAAUCUGGAGCAUCUUUCAACUUUUGGCAGCUCUGCUUCAUAUUGGAAACAUCAAGUUUCGCAAUACUCCGACUGACAAUAUGGAGUCUGUCGAAGUGUCGGAUCCCGCAAACAUCGUGAGAAUAUCCCGGCUCCUUCAGGUUUUUUUUUUAAAUUAGAAGACUUGAAACAUUAAUGAUUACAGCUUCGCGAACAAGAACUGUUGAACGCCGUUACGACGAAGAGCUUGGUGACGCGCGAGGAGCGGGUUAUCUCGCGGCUUACAGGUUUCCUAUUAAUAAUAGCUUAUUGGAAUAGUUUGUUGAAGGACAACAAGCCGUCGACACCCGCGAUGCUUUGGCGAAAGCAAUCUAUGGGAAACUGUUCAUUCACAUCGUGCGCCGAAUUAAUGACGCCAUAUAUCGGUGCGUUAUUCUGAAAAAAGCUUUUCUUUAAUGAAACGAGGAUUCCAAUUAACUUUUCCCAUGUUUGUAUUCCAUUCUUUUUUACAAGUUUCUGAGAAAAUUUUUGAGCAAACGUAACCUUUUUAGGCUGUCAUUCAAACUAGUAACUUCUAGUAUCAAAAAAGUUUCUCUCACAAUUCCAAAUUAAUGUACUUCCAUUUUUAACUCGAAGCUUUACAUACUUUAAAGCUUUCCAUUUGAAAAAUUCAGUUCUAUCUGCGCAAAAACUUUAUAAAAAUAGUCUCUCUUUUUUCAGCCCAUCUGGCGGUGGAUCCAAAAGAACUUCAAUUGGAAUCCUGGACAUUUUCGGCUUCGAAAAUUUCAAUACAAACAGUUUUGAACAACUUUGCAUCAAUUAUGCCAACGAAUGCUUGCAACAAUUCUUCGUCCAGCAUAUUUUCAAAAUGGAGCAGCGUGAAUAUGAUGAGGUAUUUUUUUGAGGAUUCAACCUCUUCAGAAAGAUAUUUUGAAUGCAGGAGCACAUAAACUGGCGUCAUAUCAAAUUUGUGGACAAUCAGGCUACUGUCGAUUUGAUUGCACAAACCUCCCUCAACAUAAUGUCUUUGAUUGACGAGGAAAGCAUCUUUCCAAAGGUAUUACCAUUUUAAGUUUCUAUCAAGAAAUUUUUUCAAGGGGACUGAUAAAACGAUGCUCCUGAAACUGCAUUCAACGCAUGGAAAGAAUGAGUUUUAUCUUCAACCAAGAUCUGAACUUCAACGAGCUUUUGGAGUCAAUCAUUUUGCUGGCCCUGUAUUUUAUUCUACUCGGGGUUUGGAAAAAAAAAUCAAUCAUGAUCUUGAUAACUGAUUCCAGGAUUUCUUGAGAAAAAUCGAGACUCUUUCUCUGCUGACUUGUUGGCGUUGAUAUCUUCCUCAAAAAUGCCGUUUUUGGUUAGGCUGUUUGAUGACGUCGAGUAUGACAGCAAUAGCCGGUUUGUAAAGUUUUCAGAUCCUUUAAAGUUUCCCUCAGGAAAAAAGUGACAUUGGGAGGCCAAUUCCGACGGUCAUUGGAGCAAUUGAUGGCGCAGUUGACCCAAACUCAACCGUUCUUCAUCAGGUGCAUCAAGCCCAACGACAUGAAAAGAGCCUUGGUUUUGAGAAGUUGCAUCAAAAUAUUUAGAAUCUUUUUAAGGUCAUGGAUCGAGAAUUGGUUCUGAGACAGCUGAGGUACUCCGGUAUGAUGGAAACUAUCAGAAUUCGACGAAGUGGAUAUCCUAUUCGACACGGCUACAUGCAGUUCGUCCAACGCUAUCGCGUUCUAGCUCCAUCUCUGAGUUGGACUUUUGUGAUUAUCUCUUAUGUUGUUCUGAAAUUAAGAAGGACCGACCGUUAGUCUGAAUGUUCAUGAAGCUGCCAAGCAAAUUUGCAACAACGUUCUUGGCCAAAAUGCAGACUACCAGCUGGGAAGAACAAAGAUCUUUUUAAAAGAUCGUCAUGACUUGGUUUUGGAGCAGGUUAUCUGACAUAAACGAAAUAUAGUGAUACCUGAAAAUUCAGGAGUACUACCGUGUUCUGAACUCACGCGCAAUCGUUAUUCAAAAGUGUGUUCGAGGCUGGUUGGCCAAAAAAGACUUUAGUCAACGACGUCAAGCAGCGAUCACAAUUCAGAAGACGUGGAGAGGAUAUGAGCAAAGAAAGCGAUACAAUCAGGUUCUUUUUGUGAAUUUUUUUUUUGAGAUUUAUUCGAAUAUUCAGAUAAUCUCCGGUUUCUCAAGAUUGCAAGCUCUGUUACGGUCGAGACAGCUCGUGUCACAUUACCAAUCUCUUCGAAAGUCGAUCAUCCAGUUUCAAGUGCAUUUUGAGAUUAUUCUUUUCAUUAACUCAUUUCAUUAGGCUGUAUGUCGUGGAAGUCUGCUACGGCAGAAAGUCCGCGAGCUUCGUCGAAAAGGUCAAAGAAAAGCUCCAGCCGAAGUUGCAUCACCCAACGAGUCGAUUAGAUCUGAAACCCGAGAGGACGAAUUGGUUAGUUAGUAGAAAUAAAUAAGUGGCACAAAACACGCUCAUAUCACUUCGCCGCACUUAAUUGCAUUUGCAAAUAAUCAAAAUUUAGUUCGCUCUGCUGAACGGAAGAGGCUCACAGGUAUUUUAGUUCACGCAUAUUUCCAUAAUCACUUUUAACAUGGCAUGCUGAGAUUCCCCUAUUGCAUUUUUCACUGUUCUUCACUUCUUUCUAGAAGCUUGGUUGGAUAUGGAUGAUCAUUAUCUCGAUCCUGUUUCAGCUCGACGACCUUUUCGAUUUUCUUCCAUCUGAUGGGAAAAACGGCAGCGACAACGACAGCAACAGCAAUAGUAGGAGGGGCUCUGUUUCAAAGGUUCAUUCAAAAAAAAAAGCGGAGUAAAAAUCUUUUUACAGCCCUCACCAGUUCUCGAAGCGCCGCCACUGCAGAACGGUACACGUGACGUUGAAGAAGAUCUGAGCAAGUAUCAGUUUGGAAAGUUCGCAGCAACAUUUUUCCAAUCACAGGUUGAAAGAAAAGCCUGAUUCGGUUUGAAUUCAUUUUUUCAGGCUUCUGCUACUCACAUCAAAAGACCAUUAAAAGCUCCGUUAUUGACCCAUUCUGAGCCUAGCACUCAGCUGGGCGCUCUGGCUGUCUGGACUGCAAUCCUCAGGUUCAUGGGCGACCUUCCAGAUGUAAAACUCGGAUCUUCGAGCUCUGGGGAAAACGCUUACGUGAGUUGAGAGAAUAAAAGUUAGAAGUCAUUGUGAAACAGGACAAGACACCUGUUAUGAGCCGACUACACGCAACUCUCGGAAGAAAGUAUAGUGCUCGAGACGUUGAAGAAGCUUCCGUCAGUAGCGAAUACGGUGGAAUGAAAACUUUGAAGAAAGGCAUGGGCAAGAAGCUCAUCAGCAUGACUCUGAAAAGAAAAAGCAAGCUCGCCAGUUAGUAAAAUCCUUUUUUUCCAUCGUACGCUCUGAAACUUUAAGGUUCAUCGGAUUCUUCAUCAAUUUCUUCCGACAGUUCUUCUGGAUUCAACGCUCUUCUGGAAAAUAAGCCGAUGAGCAGCUUGGACAAAUUGCACUACAUCAUCGGACUUGGUAUCCUCCGGGAAGACAUGAGGUUGGCAUGGUCAUUUCAAUUUAAAGGAAGGAAUCUUGUUCAGAGAUGAAAUAUAUUGCCAACUCUGCAAACAGCUCAGCAACAACCCUUCAAAGUUGUCAGCAGCCAGAGGCUGGAUUUUACUUUCUCUUUGUGCUGGUUGCUUCGUUCCUAGUGAAAGGUUGAAUAAUAAUUCAAGAAGAAUUUAUCAAUGAGUUUCAGGUUCAUCAAGUACUUGUACUGCUUCAUUCGGGAAAGAGGACCUUCUGGAACUGGAUACGCACAGUACAUCGAAGAAAGGUUGAGACGGACCCAGGCUAACGGAACUAGGCGCCAACCGCCGAGUUAUGUCGAGCUUCAGGUGGGAGAUCCCUGAAACAGAGGUUAAGAGGAAUUUUCAGGCAAACAAAUCGCAAAAGCCAGUCGUUCUCGCAGUAACUUUCAUGGACGGAUCUGUCAAAACACUUUGUGCCGAUUCUGCAACGACGUCUUCGGAGCUUUGCAAGCAACUCGCUGAGAAAGUUGGACUGUCGGAAAGCUUCGGGUUCAGCCUGUACAUUGCGCUUUUCGACAAGGUUCACAUUUCAAAGCAAGAAUGAUGAUUUUAUUGAGGUUCAGGUGUCUUCUCUUGGGUCAGGCAGCGAUCAUGUCAUGGAUGCCAUUUCUCAGUGUGAACAGUAUGCCAAAGAGCAAGGUCGUCAAGAAAGGCGAGUUUGCUGAAAAAAUAUGAUCUCCUAACAGUACAAAAAUUGAAGAAUGAAUGAUGAAAAUUGUGGAAUCUUGAGCAUUGAAGAAGAAAAAAAACUUGUGGAUAUCCGGAAAAAUUUGCCAUUUUCCUUAUUGUUUUUUUUACACCUGUUUGCUGUUACAAAGUUUCCUUUAAUAUACUUCGCCUAACAAAUGCAUGUUUUUCAGAAACGCUCCAUGGAGAUUAUUCUUCCGCAAAGAAAUCUUCAGUCCCUGGCAUGAUGCAAGGUGAAAAUUAGAAAUUAACCAAUGAUCAUUUUUGAAUACUUUUCAGAGAAGAUCCAGUGAGCACAAACUUGAUCUACCAACAAGUGAUCCGAGGAAUCAAGUAUGGUGAAUAUCGUUGCGACAAGGUUUUCUCAAAACAAGCUUUCCAAGAAGUUAUUCUUUCCCAGGAUGACGAUUUGGCGGCCUUGUGUGCCCAAGAGUACUACAUCGAUGAAGGCAACAUGGAGGUGUCCAAACUGGAGGCUCAGCUUUCGAAUUACCUUCCGGACGACGAGUUGAGCGGAAAAGAUAUGGCCGUAGAGCGCUGGACUCAGACAAUAAUGCACCAGUACAGAAAGGUUUAAUUUUCAGCUUCUUGGCGAAAAAAUCGUUAAUUUUCAGAAGUUCACUUCAAGACAGCCUACCUCACAAGAAGUGAAAGAAGAUAUUGUGGGUGUCGCCAAAUCAAAAUGGCCUCUUCUAUUCUCCAGGUGAUUAUUCUUGAUUUUUUGAGUGAAUCCAUAUAAUAAUCAGGGGACCAUCAGAUAUUUACUUCGAUUCUGAUCAUGCAUGCUUGAUGAGAAGCUACUUUUUUAAUUUUCGAACAUUUCAGGUUCUAUGAAGCUUUGAAGUUUGCCGGUCCACCCCUACCGAAGAAUGAAGUGAUAAUAGCAGUCAACUGGACCGGCGUCUACAUUGUAGAUGAUCGAGAACACGUACUUCUUGAGUUCAGCUACAUUGAAAUCGCAAAUGCGGUAUAUGGAAAGUGAGUUCAAAGCUUCCGACUUCCUUUUCUCAAUAUUAAAAAUUGAAGAGGAAGAAGGAGUUCUACUGAUACCUGCACCCUGCGUACGAUCGGCGGCGAGGAGUACACUUUCCAGUCUCCAAACGCCGAUGACGUGGUGUCUCUGGUCAAUCUGUUCCUGGGAGGCUUGAAAGAAAGAAGUCGAUACUUGAUAGCCGUCAGACCUCAAAAGGCCGAUAGUAUGUUUUUUUUCCUGUGGUUUCAAAAAUUUGGACUUUUGCGAAAUCUCCUCUUUUCGGGAGGUUUUCACAAAUCAUAAAAUUUCAAGCAUUUUUUAAAAAAAGUCUGUGUGACAGUUGAACCUUAUUAAACUAUUUCAGACGCCGGAAGUUUCCUCGAGUUUGAGAAGAGCGAUUUUUUGAUCAUGAUAAACGACUUCAAUGGGAAAUCUCUUCUGACGGAGAGCACUGUCAAAGUGAGAAUUUGAUCUUCAUUCAUUUGAAACAUGUGUUUUUAGGGAGAGAACGAGAGAACUUGUUUGUCAGGUUUAAUCCGAACAGAAAACGUUUACGUUCUACCGACCUUAUCAAAACCAAAUCGCAACACAUUGGUCUGUUUGUAGUUGUCAUCAAACAAUGAAAAAACUGUUCAGCAAAUGUUCCCGAAGGACACAGACUUUAAUCUUGACAUUCUGAAUAACAACAAACAGGUAGACCUGUGUAAAAAUUCAAUGAAAAAGAAAAAGUCUCAGGUGGCCAUUAUUGACCACGACGCAGAGCCGUACACACUAGCGCACUUUGCAGAAGAGAACUUCAAGUGGAUUCUGAAAGAAAAUCGUUGUUCAAAGUAGUUGAUUACAGUCAGUUAACCAGACGAACGGGAUCACAGUUAUCAUUGAUGACCCUGAAGAGAAAAGAAGCUCAGGUUGAACGAUGGAGAUUCAGCAGAGAGAAUAUCGACACUCCGUUACUCAAGAAAAUCAAUGGAAGGUGGGAUUUUAAUAGAGAAAUCAAGAUUAGAAGAUGAACUAUUCAUUGAAAUUUACCAAUGCUUGAUGAGUUCUGAAAAUAUUUCUAUUCAUUCAUACCCUACCUAAUUAGAAGUGCAGUUUCGCGUUUUGCGGUUAUGAUAAGUUACAGAAACUGAGAUCAACUUUAGCUGUCCCUGAAUUCAGAAAAGUUCACGCCAUGAGAAAAACUUGCAAUCACAUGCAAUUAAAAAAUCGUUCAGAGAAGACGCCGCCAAAGGUUCCUUGGAAAUUUUCGCCGGCAUUCUGAAGUAUAUGGGAGAUGAACCAACAAAACGAAGUCGUCUAGGAACCCAUCUCACUGAUCAUAUCUUCAAAUUGCCCAUUGCCAUGGUAGCUUUUAUUUUUCGCAGUUUAAAUUCCAUUCUAAACAUCUAGGAGAUUCUUCGAGACGAGCUUUAUUGUCAACUUGUCAAACAGUUGACAUUCAAUCCAUCUCUGUUGUCUGAAGAAAGAGGUUGGGAGCUCCUUUGGAUGGCCACGGGACUUUUCGCGCCAAGUCCCACUCUUGCUAAAGAGGUUUUUUCGAUCCCGUUUUGAUUCAUACAGGGAUUUUCUUUUUUACAGGUUUCGCUUUUCUUGAAGUCUCGACCUCAUCCAAUCGCCCUCGAUUGUCAGAACCGCAUGCAGAAGCUUGCCAGGUAAAAAAACAAAUCUCUUUUUGAAACAAAAAGAGAACUUUUUUAAGAGGUGGCAGUCGAAAGUAUCCGCCGCACAUGGUUGAAGUAGAAGCGAUACAACAUAAGACGACUCAAAUAUUCCACAAAGUAUUCUUCCCGGAUCACACCGACGAGGCCAUUGAAGUCGACUCUGCAACACGAGCACGCGAUUUCUGCCAAAAAAUCGGCCAGCGUCUCGGCUUGAAGUCGGCUGACGGUUUCAGUCUCUUCGUUAAAAUCAAAGAUAAAGGUAUUAUUUUGAUUAUAUUUUUUAUUGAAAAAAAACUAUCAGAAUAUUCUAAAUUUUUCGUUUUUGGCCAUCAAUUUUUCGAAAAAAUUCAACAUUUUACAAGUUCGCUUUUUUAGAAUAAACACUGGAUAGCCCGUCUUUUAUUUUUGGUUUUUCCUAAAACUAUUUUCUCGCAUUUUUUUUGAACAAUGAACUCUUGAACACUUAUUUACAUCACAAAGUUUUUCAAAAAACACCCGCGGGAGUAUUUCGACUAGCGUUCCAGAUCAUAAAUCAUGCUUUGCAUUGGAAUAUACCGGGAAAAAAUUCAAAAAGAGUUGAAAAAAAAUUCAGUGUUGGCUGUUCCUGAGACGGAAUUCUUCUUCGAUUUCGUCAGACAACUAUCCGACUGGGUUCAUAACAAUCACAUUCUCCAGAAGGUACAGAGUUCUAAAACAGAAUGAGUACAUAUUUUUAAAGGAAUCUUCGAUGGUUCCUCUGAACUAUCAAGUUUACUUCAUGCGAAAGUUGUGGCUCAUCGUCACUCCAGGGAACGAUCAACAGGCCGAUCUCAUUUUCCACUACUUCCAGGUUUCAAACUGAUCCGAAAUGUUGAAUUUUGUAUGUUUUGCAGGAGUGUCCAAAAUAUUUACUGGGUUAUCACAAAACCAGUAAGAAGGAUGUCAUUGACUUUGCUGCCCUUAUCUUGCGAGCUUCUACGAAAGACAACAAGGUGACUCUUGAUGAAAAAUCAUAGGAAAACUGAUUUUUAGAAUGCUCCAUUAGCGCAGAUUCCUCAAUUACUUGAUGAGCUUGUUCCAAAAGACAAUCUGAAGCUUUUCUCUACUAGCGACUGGAAGAAGGUUGGUAAGAUUUGAUUUCAUGAUCUUCUUCUUCUUUUUCCUCUUUUUUGUACGCCUUUGGACCGCUACGCCUUUGUACCGCCGCGUCGGCGCCCCAAGUCGAAUAGCCGGGUCCUAUACUGAAAUCGAUGAUAAUCAGUAGUUUGGCUCCUAUGAUCUAUCCGUCCUUGUGUGAGACGGCUGGGGAUUGUUGAGGACUUUGUUCUCCACUACCAAGACUUCUUAAACCCCUUGGUUGGGUCGAGGAACUUGUGACCCUGUUGACCGUAGACAGGCUACCAACCUGUUGCUCUACGAAGCGUUCCGAUUAGAUUUCAUGUUACUUGACUGUUUUUCAGAACAUCAGCAAUGCCUACGUUCGAGUGGAGCACCUCACAUCGGACCAAGCAAAGAUUGAGUUCUUAAAGCUGAUCAGCAAGUGGCCAACUUUCGGUUCAGCAUUCUUCCCGGUAAAACGAAUUCAAAAUGAGAUCACAGAACAUUCAAAAAUUCAGGUUUCUCAAUUUUCGGAUCUAAGCUUGCCAGACCGACUUUUGAUAGCCAUCAAUCAAACCGGUGUCAACAUUUUCCAUCCCGAGGACAAGAAGCUGCUGGUUCAGGCAAGUUAUCACCUGAAUUUUGUGAGAAAAGAUUCGUUUUUCAGUACCCAUUCAGUGUGAUAUGUAACUGGACAAGUGGCAACACCUAUUUCAACAUGACUGUUGGAAAUAUGAUCAAAGGCACCGACGGCAAGAAACUUCUGCUGGACACUACAAUGGUUUGACGAAUAUUGAUUUAAAUAUUUUUUAUUGGCAAUGAAUAAGAUGAUCCGGUUUUUUCUUUUCGGAAUAACUUUAAAAAAAGGUUUUGAAAAACCUUGCUUUUUUCACUGUCGGAACUUUGCAACUAGAACUUCGAACUACAAAUUUUGAAUAUCGAUUCGGAUUUUGACAAGAUACAAAAAGUUUCGAAAUCACGAAUGAAACCCUCUUUUUGCUGUGAAAGAGAGAACUUGACCUUCUAAACUUUCAGGGCUACAAAAUGGACGAUCUUCUGACGUCGUACAUCUCCGUGCUCAUUGCCAAUCAAGCGCAACCUGGCCAAAAAACGCGAGAAGCUGCCAUCUAA